GAUCGGCGCACUCCACCUCUCGGCGUCGGCUCCUUUUCCUGUGUGAGUUGCAUGUCGGGAGCGCGGAAAAAAAAAAAGGCCCGGGUUGCAAGGGGCUCCAUCAGCAUUAUAAGGGAUGGAAAAGUGACUAUUGGAAGCAUGUGUGUUUGGAACCAAAGGAAGAAAGGCGGCGUGCUUUUUUCUACACAUGUGCAAGAGGACUGAGCACACCUAUAUUCAAACAUGCCUUCAGCCCAUCUUAAUUCUGCCUCCCAUCGGAAUAUGUCCGUUGUUUGCCGUCUGCUUCUCUGGGCAGAGAAGAGGAGUUGGGAUGGAUUUGGUGGAUGGAGGAGGAGUUAUUCCCAAGGAAGCAAGCCCGAUCUUAAUAAGCAAGUGGGGAAAAUGGACCAUCUGAAAAAUAAGGAACAAAGACAAAGGCGGUUGUGGAAGAAGAUGGAGGCUAUUGAAGCUCAGGUGGCUGCUGGGCCCAAGGAACCUUCAAAUCAAGACAAGACCCUUUCCUCAAAAAACAUUGCGGAAUAUGACAUCCCAACUAUAACUGGACAGAAAAAAGAUACCUCAGCCCCUUUGCCCGCCUCCUAUAGUCCUCGCUAUGUUGAAGCUGCUUGGUAUCCUUGGUGGGUGAAAGAAGGUUUUUUUAAACCAGAAUGCCAGCAACACCUGCCCCACAGAAAGCCAGAAACGUUUUCUAUCUCUCUUCCACCACCUAAUGUCACAGGAUCCCUUCACUUGGGGCAUGCCUUUACUGUGGCUAUUGAAGAUGCUUUGGUACGAUGGAGACGAAUGCAAGGCUAUCGAGUUCUAUGGCUUCCAGGUUCUGAUCAUGCUGGAAUUGCAACUCAGGCAGUGGUAGAAAAAAAGAUUUGGAAAGAACGGGGAGUUUUGCGGCAAAAUCUCUCACGUGAUGAAUUUCUCCAGGAAGUUUGGAAGUGGAUUGAGGAGAAAGGGAAUGAAAUAUUCAAACAGCUGAAAGAGAUGGGAGCAUCUUUGGACUGGGACAGAGCCUGCUUCACUAUGGACUCACGUUUCUCUGAAGCUGUGACAGAGGCUUUUGUGCAACUCCACGAACAAGGCCUGAUAUAUCGAGACAGGCGCCUGGUGAACUGGUCCUGUGCUUUGCAGUCCGCCAUUUCUGACAUUGAGGUGGAGAAUAGACAGAUAGAAGGACGGACAAAGCUCUCUGUACCUGGACUUGAGGACAAAGUGCUGUUUGGAGUAUUGGAGACAUUUGCUUACCAAGUAGAAGGAGAAGAGAGCAUGGAACUUCCUGUGUCCACCACCCGUCUUGAGACAAUGUUUGGUGACGUGGCCGUUGCCAUUCACCCAGAUGACUCACGCUAUUUGCACUUGCAUGGCAAGAGAGUGUGCCACCCAUUCACCGGACGUCUCCUUCCUAUCAUUACGGAUGAAGCUGUGGAGCCGCAGAUGGGCACAGGGGCUGUGAAGGUCACUCCGGCACACAACCACGUUGAUUACAAACUGGCCCAGAGGCACAAUUUGCCGCUCAUUUCAGUUAUUGCAGAAAACGGCAUGAUGACCGCAGAAUGUGGAGAAUGGGUGCAGGGAUUGCAUCGAUUCCUGGCUCGAGAGAAGGUGUUGGCUGCUUUGAAGGAGAAAGGGCUCUAUCGGGGUGCGAAAGAGCAUUGCUUAGCCCUUCCUGUUUGCAGCCGCUCUGGAGAUGUGGUUGAAAUCCUCUUGAAGAACCAGUGGUUUAUCCGAAGUGAAACCAUUGCUCAAAGCGCCUUAGAGGCUGUGGAAUCUGGAUCUUUGAAGCUCAUCCCGCAAUUUUAUGAGAAAAACUGGAGGACUUGGCUCUUGAAUAUCAACGAUUGGUGUAUUUCUCGACAACUGUGGUGGGGUCAUCAGAUUCCAGCCUAUCGGGUCAUGCUUCCUGGGUCACCUGACCUAGGAGAGCAGAAGGAGAGCGAUGGGUUAUGGGUAGUUGGCAGGACGGAAGUGGAAGCUCGGAUGAAAGCCGCUGGCAUGCUUGGAAAAUCUGAACAGCAGCUGGAGCUGGUGAGAGAUGCUGAUGUCUUGGAUACUUGGUUCUCCUCCAGCCUUUUCCCUUUUGCUGCUUUGGGCUGGCCCCACAAGACAGAAGACCUCCAGCAAUUUUUCCCCAACAACCUUUUGGAGACUGGGAGUGAUCUUCUGUUCUUUUGGGUCGCCCGGAUGGUGAUGCUGGGAAAACAGCUGACUGGAGAACUGCCUUUCUCUCAGGUAUUCCUUCACUCCUUAAUUCAUGAUGCUCAAGGCAGAAAAAUGAGCAAAUCUCUCGGGAAUGUGAUUGACCCUUUGGAUGUUAUUCAUGGGGCCCCUUUGCAGGUCCUGCAGCAGAAGCUAAAGGAGAGCAAUCUAAGUCCACGAGAGCUUGUCAUUGGUUCAGAAGGCCUGCUGCAGAAUUUUCCUCAAGGAAUUGCUGAAAGUGGCUCGGAUGCGCUAAGGUUUGCUCUCUGCCGUUACAGUGCCCAUGGCACCAGUAUUAAUCUAGAUAUGGCAGACAUGGAAAAAGCCUCCCAUUUCUGUAAUAAGGUGUGGAAUGCCCUAAAGUUCACUUUUGCAGCCUUGGGAGAAGAGUUUGCCCCACUGGAUCCAGAGCAGGUCUUCCCCAGAUUUCCCAUGGACCAGUGGAUCUUGAGCCGUCUCUAUCACACAGCAGAAUAUUGUGCCCAGCACUUUGAGAACUACAAAUUGCAUUCUGUGACCAAUGCUAUUUAUCUUUUCUGGAUGCAAGAUUUUUGCAGUACCUAUCUGGAAUCUGUCAAGCCCAUCCUAAGGAGCGGAGAUACAGUUCGCCUUUUGUCUACUCAGCAGACUUUGUACACUUGCGUAGACCUGGCUCUGCGCCUCCUGUCUCCCUUCAUGCCUUUCCUUACUGAGGAACUGUGGCAGCGACUUCCCAAGACAGACCUGGAGACGUCUCCUAGUAUCUGUGUGGCCAGGUACCCAAGCCCUGAACAUCUGAGACAUUGGUGUAAUCCUGAGGAAGAGGCAAACUUCUUGGCAGCGCAGCAAAUUAUCCAAGUGAUACGUUCCAUGAGGGCAACUUGCCAGCUUACCAAAGCUCGACCAACAGUGUAUCUGGCUUGCUCAGAAACGGCCCCCUGGGCUGCCUAUGAGAAAUAUCAGGAGCCAUUACAGACAUUGUCUUUGGCUGGAUCUGUGAAUCUUCUCCCCAGCUCUGAGGAAAUAGAGCUACCUCUGAACUGCCUGGCUGUGAAAGUCAAUGAUCAUACCAGCAUUUACAUGGAUCUGCAGGAUAUGGUGGAUCCUCACAAAGAACUCCUCAAACUGACAUCCCAGCAACAGAAAUUAAAGCAACGUCUGGCAAAUCUCACAGAAAAACUUCAGAAGCAAAACUCCUUAAAAGCCAAAAUGAAUCACGAGCAAAAGAUUUCCUUCAUUCGUUCAGAGCUGCAGCACAUAGAACAAGUGUUUGCCACUUUUCAGAAAAUGGCCAAAAAACAGGAUGCUGGACUGACUAAGGAGAACUAAUGGAUUUACCCUGUUC